UCUGUAGUGGAAGUACUAUACUAAAUUUAAUACUCAUCAUGGUUACUGCAAGUAAACCUGUUAGUUGUACUCUCGUUGGCGAUGGAAUGGUUGGGAAGACAUCUAUCGCUCUCAGUUUUAUCGGAAAACAGGCGGAAGAAAAUUAUGUGGCUACAGUAUUCGAAAACUAUGCAGGAGGCACCUCAGUUGCCGGCGAGCAAUAUACUGUCAGCAUCUACGAUCCUGCUGGCCAGCAUGACUAUGCCAGUAUGAGAGUCUGCACUUACACAGACUGUGAGGUGAUUCUCAUGUGCUACAACGUAAGCGAUCGAGACUCAUUUGACAGCAUCGCCUCAUUUUGGCUACCGGAAAUAAGGAAAUUUAGGGGCACCAAAUCUACAGUCAUUCUAGUAGCCACACAGACGGAUACCCGGAAUCCGGAUUCCGACUCGUCAGUUAGUACAGAAGAAGGAGAGAAGUUGGCAAGGGAAAUAAACGCUGGGGGAUAUAUGGAAACUACUACCCAAAAUUACGAUAGUGUUAAAACUGUUUUCGAGAAGGUAGUCACGUGUGCUUUAAAAUGCAGAAAGAAGAAAAACACACUCUUCAAAAAGAUCUUUCGUCGUUAAACUAUCGGAUAUGAGGAUAUGAAGAACAUUAAAACAAUAGCAGCUAUCCAGAUGAUUGGGAAAAGACAGAAGAAAAAAUGAACAAAAAUGUCGUUCCAAGACCUGUAGGACUUUCUUCAUGUUUUGAUGAAUAGUUCGUCAAAUGGACUUAACGAGAACGAUACAUGGGUGUUUUAAACUUUUGAAAGAAAAGUCCCAGAUUGUUUUAGAUGACAACGAAAUAAACCUGUGAUGAUCAUUUGUAAUAAUAAGUACGAUUCAUGUCAGUGCAUAUAGUUUAAAUAACUAUAAAAACCCAUUAGCAUAAUUUGCGAAUCGGAAUAUGUGAUAAUAAUUUUGUAUUUUCUUAUCUCUAUUUAUUAAUGACGAUGUCGAAUUUGAAAUCAUAUUGAUGACAUAUUCCGGCCAAAUGAACUUCUGUAUUAUACGUGAGACAGUGCUGACAAUCCAGUAUUUUUUUUAUAUACGUUUACAGUAUUGACAAUGAUGAUAUUUAUCUGAUUGAUUUUGUUACAAGGAGUAUGUGCAAUAUUUGUUAAAAGUUUAUUGUUUACAUGUACAUAGCUGCUGGCCAGCACAACUAGUAAAGUCAAUAAAACAUUGAAU